GGCCGUGGAGCCGCUCCGCCGGCUCGGGCAGCGCCGUCCUCGCCCGCCCUCCCCGCGCCGAGGCUGCCCGCGGAAUGAGCGUCCCCCGGGCGGCUGCCGCUGCCGCCUCCACUCGGGCUCCGGCGGGCGGGCAGAGAGCGCGGCUGCCGGCGGGGUCGUUGCGGCGCGAGCGGAGUGAAUGACCGAGAGGAGCGGCGCGGAGAGGCAGCCCCGGGAUCAGGAUGCGGGCGCCAGCCGGCAUCCUCAACCUCCUGCUUCUGUCCUUGCUGGCCGGCCUCGAUCCCUCCAAGACUCAGAUUAGCCCCAAGGAAGGGUGGCAAGUUUAUAGUUCAGCCCAGGAUCCUGAUGGCCGUUGCAUUUGCACUGUCGUUGCACCUGAACAAAACCUAUGUUCAAGAGAUGCCAAAAGCAGGCAGCUCAGACAGCUACUAGAGAAGGUUCAGAAUAUGUCCCAAUCUAUUGAAGUUUUAAAUCUACGGACUCAGAGGGAUUUCCAGUAUGUUUUAAAAAUGGAAACGCAAAUGAAAGGGCUGAAGGCCAAGUUUCGGCAAAUUGAAGAUGAUCGGAAGACAUUAAUGACAAAGCACUUUCAAGAGUUGAAAGAAAAGAUGGAUGAGCUCCUGCCACUGAUUCCAGUUCUGGAACAAUACAAAACUGAUGCCAAGUUGAUCACACAGUUCAAGGAGGAAAUCAGGAAUCUGUCUACUGUGCUCACCGGGAUUCAGGAAGAAAUUGGUGCUUAUGACUAUGAGGAACUACACCAGCGUGUAGUCAAUUUAGAAACCAGGCUUCGUGACUGCAUGAAAAAGCUCACAUGUGGCAAAUUGAUGAAAAUUACAGGCCCCAUUACAGUGAAGAUAUCUGGGACCCGAUUUGGAGCCUGGAUGACGGAUCCAUUGGCAUCAGAGAAAAAUAACCGAGUCUGGUACAUGGAUAGUUACACUAACAAUAAAAUUGUCCGUGAAUACAAAUCAAUCGCAGACUUCGUCAGUGGGGCCGAAUCAAGGACAUACAACCUUCCAUUCAAAUGGGCAGGAACCAACCACGUUGUCUACAAUGGCUCCCUCUAUUUCAACAAGUACCAGAGCAACAUCAUCAUCAAGUACAGCUUUGACACGGGGCGGGUGCUGGCGCAGCGGAGCCUGGAGUACGCCGGCUUCCACAAUGUCUACCCUUACACCUGGGGAGGCUUCUCUGAUAUCGACCUGAUGGCAGAUGAAAUCGGGCUCUGGGCUGUGUACGCCACCAACCAGAAUGCAGGCAACAUUGUCAUCAGCCAGCUGAACCAGGAUACGCUGGAGGUGCUGCAGAGCUGGAGCACGGGCUACCCAAAGAGAAGUGCUGGAGAAUCCUUCAUGAUCUGUGGCACCCUGUAUGUCACUAACUCGCACUUAACAGGAGCCAAGGUCUACUAUUCCUACUCCACGAAAACCUCCACUUACGAGUACACAGACAUUCCUUUCCAUAAUCAGUAUUUUCAUAUAUCCAUGCUUGACUACAAUGCAAGAGAUAGAGCUCUCUAUGCCUGGAAUAAUGGACAUCAAGUCCUGUUUAACGUCACCCUUUUCCACAUCAUUAAAACUGAGGAUGACACAUAAUUUUCUUUCCCUUACCUCCCUCCCUUCAAAGCAGUCUCAUUUGUGAUUAACUCUAAAAGCAUCCAUCUCUCUCAGUUCCUUUUAAUUUACAUUUCUUCCUUCAUUAAACAAAAGCAACAUUUUCUACUAUGUAAUGCAUUUCAAAUAUGGCUGAACCUGUCAAAAAUGACCUGUCAGAAAUAAAAAGCAUCUUAACUCAUGAUUCUGCAAGGUCUGUCAAGACCUUGUCUUGAAAAGCACUAAAGAGGAUUUAAAUGGCUAAAGACAGUUUUUAAAAGAUUAUGAUCUGCCUUAUUUUAGAGUCAGAGACUAAUGGUGGCUUAAAUGCAUGAAUGUCUUUUUUACCUCAUUUUUUGUUUUAAUAUAUUGCUUAACUUCAGGAAACAUUUUGGUAGUGUCAGACACACAUUGCACAUUGUAUUUUUUUAUUUAUUCCGAAAGAAAGAUUUAGGAAUUUAAUUUACUUAGACAAGGAGUAGGAUUCAUUUUGCCAUCAUCCAAUUUCAGAUGUGGUGCUGUACAGUAUGUUUUUAAAUCUCUUGCAAACAUUUUAUCAACAGUAUGUAUUUCUACCAUUGUAACCACCAUUGUGCAAUUGUAUCUCUUCACUUACGUGAAAGUAAACUAAGUACUAUUUUUUAUAAAAUAUAUUGAAGCUUAAUUGCA